GCGAGUUAGUCUAACUGUGAGAAUCGUCGCGGCUGGACCGUUUCUCGAUUGGGUUACGCCAACCAUUGUUCGCGGUUCGCAAUUAUAUCGAUAUUCAGUAAUGACUUGUUACUGUUUUAAUCCUGUGACCUUUGUGUUGUGAUUGACGGAUAUCGAACCGGUCAGGAAGUACACCACUUCAAAGAAGAUCAAACGAGCCGUCAAUCCAGAGUUAUUAAAUGAUUCAAUCAUAAAAACAAACAUGCAAGAUUCAACUAAACAUUGAGACACAGAUGUGCGACACACAAGAUUCAAUAGAACACAUACAAAACACAACGGAAAUGCAAACAGUCCUGUCAAAUUGUAUGCCGGAUAUUGGGAAUGUAGAGUCCAACGAUACAUAUGCAGAGUACGCAGAUAUAUGUGGUUCAGAGGGUAAAAUCAACGUUGAUGAUGAUAAAGAUAUAGAAAUUGAUGUUACAGAAACAAUAGACGAUCAGAAAACAGAAAAUAAAAAACAAGAGUACGAAAGUAGGGAUCCAUUUGACUCGUGGCAUCCACACGUUUAUGGAAAACCUCCAAAGAUGCCGACACCACACACGAUAGAAUUCAUUCUUGGGUUGAAUAAGGAUUCUAAGAAGACUGUUAGUUCAUUAAUGAGUGUCAAAAGGUUCGGUCAUGAGAGGGACAAUAAGUUAGUGCAGAAUAGACUGCAAGAACAGUUGCUACAGCGGAGUAGGAAUAGUGAUAGUGCCAGUGUUAAGGAAGAACCGUUAAACUUGUCUGUGCCUAAGACUUGGUGUGAAGAAGAGAAGUUCAGUAGAGAUUCAAAGCUAAUAAAACGCAAGAAGUCAACAGAUGACGUCCGAUCACCUCUUGGUGGCGAAGGGUCCAUGACCAGUGAAGAAGGAGAGGAUGCAGGUGUUGGUAGACGCAAGAAGGCAAGAACCACUUUCACUGGACGACAGAUCUUCGAGCUGGAGAAGUUAUUCGAAGUCAAGAAAUAUUUGUCAUCAGGCGAGAGAGCAGAUAUGGCGAAACUUCUUAAUGUGACUGAGACACAGGUAAAAAUCUGGUUUCAAAACAGAAGAACGAAGUGGAAAAAGAAAGAUAACGUCAGCAACGCGGAAGUAGCCGAGAUGAAGCAGAACAAGCCAGAAGACAAGAAAGAAGAUAAAGAGGAUCCGCUGGCGAUAGAUAUGUCCAAGAAGACCUGCAAUAAAAUACUCAGCGAGAAGCUUAAAACCAAACCCACUCAGAACGUCCUCCCUAAACCAAGAAGGGUGGAGAAAGGCGUGGUUUUAGAAACGAUAUGUGACGUCAAUGACAUAGAGAGUAGAAUAUCAAUAACAAAGAUAACAAAUAAACUAUCGAGUACAGAUCUCUCGGAGAGUGUGACAGUCAAAAGUUUCAACCCAGAAGAAGAAAGAAUAGAAUCAAAUAGAGAAUGCGUUAAUGAGAUGUAAGAGGCUGGUUUUGCGAUCUCUACAUUUCACAGAAAUUCAAUUUGUUUAAUAGAAGCUAAAUUUUAAUAUGACAACACGAAAUGCCUUCCAAAAUUGUAUACGAUUAGAUAGAAUAUUGUACUGUGUAUAAUACUUUCAGUUCUGAAAUUUUCGUCACGAUUUGUAUAAAUAUGUAAAUUAAUCUAUAAAAACUGUAAGAGAUCGCAAAAUAGCUUAUGAACUUUUAUUGUUCAAUUAACCAGUUUGUAAAACUAAAUACAAAACUAUUAGAAGCUCUAUUAAUUUGUAUGAGAAAGUUUUUUGACCUAAGUUGAUCACUUUUAAUCGGCUUCGUUUAUACUGUAUACAUUUUUAAAAUAUUUGUAUAAUUGUUAUUCAUAAAAACUAAACCGACUUAUACCUGUCAACAUAAUUUACCUAGUAUCUAUAUGUGCCCAGAAAUGCCUGGAUAUUUGAAAAACUAAUCAACCGAUUUUGAAAUUCGGAGUGUGCCCUAAGUUGGAAGAUACCAUUUAGUUUUUGAGGAAUUUCUGGACUAACAUCCAGUUACCAAAUAGCACGCGUAGUUAAAAGCCUAAUAAAUAGAUCAUCGUACUCAAAAAUUAAACAAUUCCUCCCAUUUUGAAGCCGGUCAAAAAUAAGUUUCCGUUUAGUAAAAUCAAGUAUGGAUUUGAUGAUUAGAUGUGGAAAAAUUUCUUGCGAAUCAUAAUUUUGAUAAACUUAAUUAUUUCUUCUGUAAAUUAUAAAAAAAAGUCAAUCACGUCAGUAUUUGUUUUUGUAGAAUUAUUUUAACGAUAAAUCAGUGUUAGUUUAGUAUUGUGUUAAUUAAGUUUUUAUAACAAUUAAUACUCAUAGGAUUUUGCGAGUCAGAAAUAUUUAGAUAAGUACAAAUUGUAAUUUUCGGAAAAAAGGGUAAUAAAUAGUGACUAAAUUCUGAGCCAAAUAAUUGUAUCUGUAUUUUAUCUAUAAUGUAGUAAUGAUAUUAUUAAAGCUUUCUUAUCUGUUAAUUUAUCAAAGAUGUUAAAUAUAUUAAACGUUUUUGGUUGUCUAAAUAUUAUAUGGAACAAUAUUUCAUAAAAGAAGUCGCACAAAUUACCUUGCAUACAUCGAAAAAUCAUUUAAUAAAUUCUCAGUUAUUGAAAUAUCUUACAAUAAGAA